AUGCAAGCAGCUGGAAGUCAUACAGAUCCAUGGGCAGAUUUGCUGCACAAAGCUCUGGCUGAGGAGCAAACUCAUGAAGUGCUCCUCUGCAAAAUCGGAGCUGCUUUGCUGGUGCUGCUGCUGGUUUCAUGGAGUUUCUUCAAACGACCAAGGGCCACUGGCGGCAUCGUGGUUGCCUGGCUCUGUUGGUUUGCGUGGCAAUUGAACCGUGGCCAUUCCGCCUGGCAGGAGGUUCUUCACCAUGCGCAAACUGCGGCGGACCGAACCACCGGGGCCAUUCGCGCUGUUGCAGAAAUGCUGGCGGCCUGGGUGGCUCUCUUCGCUCCAGCACUUCAUGAUUUGUGGAACACGCUCUGCCCUUUGGCCCGGGAUUUCUAUACUUCCUCCCUUUGGCUAUGGAAGUCCCUGUCCUGGGAAGAGCGAGGCAUCGUGUUGCUGUGUGCUAUGGGACUUGGUGGAGCAAUCUAUGUGAUCUUGAUGAUUUGGAAAGCCAGAGCUUGGCUGCAGGAGAGCUCGGUAGCGUGUUUGGGUUUCCUGCAGCAAGCUUUGUUCCACCUGUCCUUUGUGGUGCUUGGCCCACUGAUCUGGUGGAUGGCUUGCCAUUGUCCUCCUGAAGUGCCCAGCGUCAUCUACUUUGUGCUGGCCACGCUAUGGCCAGUGUUUACCACAAGCCGCGCACUGCUGCGACACCACAGAGAGAAGGAGGACAAAGCAAGAAAUGACGAGGAAGCGCAAAAGGAAGCACAAAAGGAAGCACAAAAGACUAGGAAAUGGUGGCACUUCAGAUUGAAAUUUUCAGUUCUAAAGAGUCUAAAGGAAGAAUUUCGAAUGUCAAGUCAGUUGGAAGAGGAGAUGUGUUUUUGGUUGUCCUACUGGUCUUGCUGGCCACUUCUAGGAGCGAUUCAGGUCAGUAUGGACGCCCUCACAGAUCAAUCAGCAGCUGGGUCCAGUGGACUCCUCAUUGCUUUGACUUUAUGGUUGCAAUAUUGGAGAGGCUGCUUUGUGGCGCCCUAUGUCUUCAGACUGCUAACCCACCUCUUCAGCUUUUGCAUUGAGUAUGCCUCAGGCGCACUGGAUGCUGUAAGGCAGCUGGUCUUCAGCUUUCUGCAGCGCUUGCCAUGGCACUCGUACUUUGCAAACAUCUUGCAGGGUGACACGGUGCUAUUGGCUGUCUUGGCCGUUGUGUUGGUCGUCCUGUGCUUGGAGGUGGCAUCUGUGGUGAGUGUUUUGGUGACCGUCGUUCUGUUGUUCAGCAUCUCCAUGGAAUCAGCUCGAUGUGUAGCCAAUGAACACCAGCAGAUGUAUGCGGAUCGCCUGGCUUUUUGGGUCUUGGUGACCAUGUGGCUGUGGGCCUUGCAGAUCCCGGCAGCAGGCCGCAUUCUGGCCAUUUGGUCGCCCUUAGCGUUUGGAGCAGCGUUCUUUGGAGGGGAAAGUGCGUUCUUGGCCAUGUUCUUCGCAGUGCUGAAUGCCAUCAAUGGAGUUUUGUCUUGCCUCAACAACUUCAUGAAGAGACAGCUGGAGGCACAGAAGGCACCAGACUCUGACGUGGCAAACAAUCAAGCCAGGAUGAAAGAACCUCUUCUGGGCGACUCCACGAGUCACGAGGUUCAUGAUGACCACGUUGAUCUCGAAGAGAAUCAUCCUGAGUCACAGACAGCUGUGUCCAGACAGCACAGUUCUGAGUCAAAGACUGGCAGUGAGGUCAGGCCAGAGCCCCAUGAGGCCCAUGAGGCCCAUGAGCCUAGCGUCCCAAAUUCAGAGCGCGAGCCCCAUGAUUUUGAAGAUGGAGCUGAAAAGCCUGAGUUGGAUAGUUUGGAGAGGCUUGGUGAGGCUCAUGAAGUGGAGCAAGGCCAGGUCGAUUCCGUGGAUGCCUCUCAUGAUGUCCCAAGCCAAGGCCAUUUGGAAAGCCAUUUGGAAGUUCAGCAGUCCUUGGAUGUUGUUGACCUUGCUGAGCCCCAAGGUGAGCAUCCUGGUGAAGAUUUAAAUGCGAUGGAUUCCAAACCGCCAGAGGUGGGCCUGGUGGGCAAUGAAAUUCAUCCACCUGAGCCGACUGAGAUGGAAUCUGAGGAAGUUGAGAAGUGUGAGAAGGAUGGAGAGAAACUUGCUGUGGAGUCCAGUGAGAAUGAGGAACAGGUCAAGGACUCCAGAGACGCCCAGGAAUUGGAAGAGAAGCCUCACCAGGAUGAGACCCAUGAAGUUCCCAGCCAUGAAAAGAAUGCUGAAGAUCAGACAGAUCAGACAUCAACUCCCAAGCUGGAAGAAACUCUUGAGAGGCUUGACAAAGAUAGGGGACACGACGCCAAAACCACCUUGGAUCCUCUUGCAUCAACGCAAAUGCCAACUGAGGAAAAAAAUGAGGAGAUUCCCUCUCAGCAUCCGAUCUCCGCGAGCACCUUGACCACUGAGAAGACCGGGACCCUACACACUGAUGGUGGAUCCAAAGUUGAUCAAACUGGUAUUCCUGACGCAGGAGCCAUGGCUGAAGAGGACUUUGCCAAGCACAAGAGCUUUGUGCCAGGGCCAACCUAUGUUCCACCUCCAUGGGCAAAGAUUGGCAAGCCCUUUUGCCCAGAGGGUGGGCGAUUCAUGCUAGAUGCUCAUAAGCCCAAGAGCUAUUUCGAUGUAGCACCCAAGCUGUAUGAAGCGAAUCCACCACCUGGGACCUACGAUGCCAAAGGCUCCGUGGAGUUCAAGGCGGUGGGGCAAGUGGUGUACCGCUACGAAAGUGCCACCAGCUCCGAGACCAAGGAUAUGGUGGCCAAGGCAGUUGGCACGGCGGAUGAAGUACCUGGCCCAGGCCAAUACCAGUUGCCCGAGCCGCGGCCAUUAGCGCAGCCUCCAGCACUAAAGGGCCGGACGCUGCCUUAUAGCAUGCCUCACCCCUAUGCGUACAACUGUGCUCCCGACCACACUCGCAGCUUCCUUGCUCCUGUCCGCCAGUCCAACAACGGCGAACAGAUCUUUGGCAAUGGCUGGAAACAGGGCGCCGCAGCCGCUGCGCGGAGACAAGGAGAAAGGAAUAAGCACUCUGCUGGGAAGGACGACCAGGUCCAACUUUCAGAACUGCCUGCUGGCGUCGGCGAUGAAGAAAAGCCAGAUGAUGACAGCAUAGUUCAGUGGAGGUCUGGUGGCUUCUCACUCCUCAAGAAGUCCCGCUCAGCAGGUGCGAUACGAGUUCCUGAGAUUGACAGCACCGUCUUGGAGGGAGUUGGUAGAUUCUACCCGCCGUUGGCGCAAAAGCACCAACGUGCCAAUUCACAGUUUUUGCCCAUGUCAUCAAGGAGGACAGAAUCAGUUCGAACUCGUGAGGCUUCUGAGGAGAAUCAGCGCCUCGGCCAAAGCAAAUGGAAGCUUGCAAAGGUCUUAGAAGGCAUUGAGACUGCGACGAAUGCGGCGCUAGAACCGCUGGAUGUCGAAAAGCUCAAGGAGACUGCCAUGAAGGGACUCAGGGACAAGGCCAUCAAUAGGAUGAAACUGCAAGGUGUCAGCAAAGACCAGCAGGAGGUCAUCCUUGAAGAGAUGGAUGCCCUACUGCGUGAGCGAGCAAACAGUGCGAAGGCGGAGGCAAGCGACGAGAUAGAUCCGAACGAAUUUAGCUAUCCGAAUGUCCAGGGGAGUGAGAACGAGCUCUUCAGAGUGCAAGAGGAGGCAGAGGAAUCGGCAGAAGUGGAGGAAUAUCACCUGCAGGACUCGAUGGAGGCGGAUCUGGAUCUGCCAGAUUCAGCGCCGGAGCCUGAUCAAUCUGCACCCGAUGCACAAGACAUGGACAGCCAGGAGUGA